AUGGAGAUUCAAAUAUUGGAUCAUAAGAACAAACCUUUCCUAACAAUGAGAAACGUUUCAAAAUUUGAUAUUCAUUUGAGCGAAUUAAGUGAAUUAGCUAAAUCAAAAGCUUCAACAAAAAAUUUAAUAAAUUUGAUAGAAUUGCUAUAUUUUAUAAAAAAUAUUAUUAAAACAAUAAUAUGUGAUAAAAUUAGACUGAUAAAUGAGUUUGUUGAUCAAAAUAUACAGAGUAUAGCAUUCACCACAGAUUUACCAUCGCCACCAUCAAAUAAUAGUGUAUUCACUACACUUAACACUCCUACAUUUUAA